AUGACAAAACCAGUGAUCGUGGAGACUGUGGCGAUACCAAAGCGGCACAAUGUCGAGAGACACUUCACUACCUGUCACAAAAGCUACAAUGCUAACUCUCCACCUGGAAGCGCACUAAGGGCAGAAAAAGUCGGUGAGCUAAAGGCAGCUUUGGUUACACAAAAAAAAUCACAAAAAGCAACCGAAGCCUCGUUCAGAGCUACACAUUUUCUGAUCAAGAAGAAGAAGGCAUUUUCAGAUGGAGAAGUUGUCAAAGAAGCAAUGUUAAUAAUUGCUAACAUUGCAUUGAAAGAUGAGAAAAAUGGAACCGAUCUAAUCUCCACUCUCUCCGACGUCCAACUGGAGGCAUCUGCGAUGGCUAGACGAGUGUCAGCUAUGUCUGGUAACUUGGUGGAUCAGUUGGACCAGGAUCUGGUGAAGUGCAGGUGGUUUAGCAUCCAGUGUGACGAGUCCGUGGACAGCAGCAGUACAGCGCAGCUGUUGGUUUUUAUCCGGAUGGUGUUUGAAGACUUCUCCACAAGAGAAGAACUCCUGACACUAUUGCCCUUAAAGACAACUACGAGAGGAGAUGACAUUUAUAAUAUGGUGAAGGAGUUUUUCGUGCAGAAAAAGGUACCAUUGGGAAAGCUGGUAGUCGUGACUACAGACGGGGCUCCUGCUAUGAUCGGCCGACAUACAGGUUUCAUUGCUCACUGUAAAGGUGACCCAGACUUCCCAAAAUUUCUGCAUUACCACUGCAUCAUUCACCAGCAGGCGUUAUGUGCGAAAGUGAUCGGCUUUGGACACGUGAUGACUCCCUUUUUGAAAAUCAUUAACAACAUUCACUCCAAAGCAAAACAGCACAGGAUUUUCAAGGUGCUAUUGGAGGAGAUGUCAGCUGAAUAUGGUGACCUGCUGCUACACACAGAAAUCCGAUGGCUCAGUAGAGGACGAGUGUUACUUCGUUUUUUGUCACUUUUGGGUGAAAUCAAAGAGUUCAGGCAGUCCAAAGGUGAAGACGUCUCACUGCUAGAGGACACAGAGUGGACACUUGACCUUGCAUUUUUGACGGACAUUACUGGGAAACUAAACCACUUGAACUGCGAGCUGCAAGGCAAAGGUCAGACUGUUGUCGAUAUGAUAAGUGCUGUAAAUGCAUUUAAAGCCAAAAUGAAUGCUUUCUCAGCAGAUUUACAAAGAAAAAGGGUUCUGCACGUUCCCUCUGUGCAGUCGGUGCUGAAAGACAAUGCUUCUGCAUCUGAGACAUUUGACAAAGUUGCAGAAAAGUACUAUGAAGUCAUAAACAGACUUGGGCAAGAGUUUGAGAAUAGUUUUAAUCUUAAUCAGCUUGAGUCAUGUGUGUCAUUCAUUUCCAAUCCUUUCAUGGAUGGGGACACAACAUGCUUUGCUGAGCAACUAAGUGCUACGUUCAACUUGGAUGCUGGACAGGUGGAAAUGGAAAUCAUAACAUUUCAAAAUGACCUUCACCUCAAAGCCUACCAGGCUGCACCAAACUUUUGGUGCCUUUUUGACACAGAGAAGUACAGUGGUGUAUGCACAGCAGCUAUGAAGGUUGCCAGCCUGUUUGGUUCAACCUAUCUCUGUGAAUCAGCUUUUUCUGACAUGAACUUCAUCAAGAACAAACACAGAACACGCCUCACUGAUGCACAUCUGAAAGACUCACUCACAGUUGCAGUGUCAAGUUACACACCAGAUUACAAUACACUGGUGAACAGUAUGCAAUGCCAGUCUUCCCACUAA